AUGCCAUUUUGGGGUGGUGUUGGUGGGAUGAUCCGAACGAUUGAUCUUGCCCCUUCAGAGUAUGUGAUGGAGGUUUCUGGGACUUAUGGGCUAUGCUCUCCUCAUCCGGACGUUGUUAUAACAUCACUCACCCUGGUGACUAAUUUAUGCAGCUAUGGACCUUUCAGCCAACCGACAGGAACCCCAUUUCACACUCGAGUAGACAAUAGUGCCAGCAUUGUUGGCUUCUUUGGGCGGUCUGGGAUAUAUCUUGACGCAAUUGGUGUUUAUGUUCGCCCUUCUGAAUUAUAG